AACCUCUGCAGACAAUGGUGUCAGAUUCUGACGGGGUGUUCUUUUCACUGAUCCUCCAGCUGCUGCAGAUGCUGUUUUUCAACACAAUUAUUUUAAAAAGUCUCUCGUGGCAACUUUUGCAAGAAUUGGGAUGCUAGACCUGUCCUGGCAAAACUCCAGCUUGGACUGAGCAUUCUUCACGGUCAGAAAGAAAGCGACGUGACUCAUUCGGGAUGUUUGACGGGUAUGAUAGUUGCAGUGAGGAUACUAGCAGCAGCUCGAGCUCUGAUGAGAGUGAAGAGGAAGUUGCUCCAUUGCCAUCCAGUCUCCCAAUUAUCAAAAAUAAUGGACAGGUCUACACUUACCCAGAUGGUAAAUCUGGCAUGGCUACAUGUGAGAUGUGCGGGAUGGUUGGCGUCCGAGAUGCUUUUUAUUCUAAAACAAAACGCUUCUGCAGUGUUUCGUGCUCCAGAAGUUACUCGUCAAACUCCAAGAAGGCCAGCAUUCUGGCCAGACUUCAGGUAACGGGUAAACCACCAACUAAGAAGGCUAAAGUUCUACAGAAACAACCAUUAGUGGCUAAACUAGCAGCAUAUGCUCAGUAUCAAGCUACGUUACAAAACCAGGCAAAGACUAAAACAGCAGCUGUCCCCGUGGAAGGCUUCAGCUGGGGUAACUACAUCAAUAGCAAUAGCUUUACAGCAGCUCCCGUUACCUGUUUCAAACAUGCUCCCAUGGGGACAUGCUGGGGGGACAUCUCAGAAGGAGUGCGAGUGGAAGUUCCAAACACAGACUGCAGCCUACCGACCAAAGUCUUCUGGAUAGCUGGAAUUGUAAAAUUAGCAGGUUACAAUGCUUUGCUAAGAUAUGAAGGGUUUGAAAAUGAUUCAAGCCUUGAUUUCUGGUGCAACGUUUGUGGGUCUGAUAUCCACCCAGUUGGUUGGUGUGCAGCCAGUGGGAAGCCUUUAGUUCCGCCUCGAACCAUCCAACACAAAUACACAAACUGGAAAGCUUUUCUAGUGAAACGACUUACUGGUGCCAAAACGCUUCCUCCUGACUUUUCUCAGAAGGUAUCGGAAAGUAUGCAGUAUCCCUUCAAACCUUCCAUGAGAGUAGAAGUUGUUGACAAAACGCAUCUUUGUCGAACGCGGGUAGCAAUUGUAGACAGUGUAAUUGGAGGACGAUUACGACUGGUGUAUGAAGAAAGUGAAGACAAAACUGAUGAUUUCUGGUGCCAUAUGUACAGCCCACUCAUUCAUCAUAUUGGUUGGUCCCGAAGUAUAGGGCAUCGAUUCAAAAGAUCUGAUAUUACAAAGAAACAGGACGGACAUUUUGAUGCACCUCCUCAUUUAUUUGCAAAGGUAAAAGAAGUAGACACAAGUGGCGAAUGGUUCAAAGAGGGAAUGAAAUUGGAAGCUAUAGAUCCUUUAAACCUUUCCGCAAUAUGUGUUGCAACCAUUAGAAAGGUGUUAGCAGAUGGCUAUCUUAUGAUUGGGAUUGAUGGCUCAGAAGCAGCAGAUGGGUCUGACUGGUUUUGUUACCAUGCCACCUCCCCUUCUAUUUUCCCUGUUGGUUUCUGUGAAAUUAACAUGAUUGAACUAACUCCCCCCAGAGGUUAUGCAAAACUCCCUUUCAAAUGGUUUGACUACCUCAGGGAAAUGGACUCUAUAGCAGCACCUGUAAAGCUCUUCAAUAAGGAAGUUCCAAACCAUGGGUUUCACGUUGGAAUGAAACUGGAAGCUGUCGAUCUUAUGGAACCUCGCUUGGUUUGUGUUGCCACAGUCACCCGUAUUAUCCAUCGCUUAUUAAGGAUACACUUUGAUGGCUGGGAAGAUGAAUAUGAUCAGUGGGUGGAUUGCGAAUCCCCUGACCUUUAUCCAGUAGGAUGGUGUCAGCUAACAGGUUAUCAACUUCAGCCUCCAGCACCACAAACAUCAAGAGAUAGCCAGUCAAGUUCAUCAAAACAGAAGAAAAAGGCUAAGUCACAACAAUACAAAGGACACAAGAAAAUGACUUCACUGCAGCUGAAGGAGGAGUUUCUAGACGGAGAGGAAUAUAGUUUUCUUCAAGGAGCAUCUGAUCAGGAAAGCAAUGGGUCUGCCAGUUACUACAUCAAACAGGAACCUUAAGGCAUCUCAGAAAUGUGAGGGGCAGGGUGUUGGUGAUAGAGGAAAAAGAGCCUUUCUACAAGACUGACUGAUUUUGUUCCCACUUUGAUGGUACAGUUGCACAGCUGUACUUGGGGCACUUUGCUAACUGUAGAUGAGACUCAGUUCAGAAUUUUUUGGAAGGGCAAGGAAACUAUUUUAGUGAAAAAAGAUUUUUUCAAUUUAUUAAAAAUGAAAAUGGACUUUUUUGUGUUGUAUUUGAAGCUUUUGAAAGAAUUUUGUAAUAUUUUCAAGUUCAGAUUUAUUGUGCAUUGUUAACAAGAACUGAAAUUCUAAUUUUUGGUAAGACUAAAGUUUAAUUAGCAGGAUUGCAGGAAGCUGUUUGAGGAGAAUAGAGUGGCAAAUACAAAUGAACUGUCGUUAUGAAUGAACCUUUUUGGUACAAGUUGGGAGAUGUUAGGCUCUCAUGAACUGCACCGAGUCACACCUCUGGUUUUUUAAUUGUGAAAUAUGGAAGUGAAGCCCUGUCUUGGAGGGCAAAAAUAGCAUGCACAAAUGACUUAGGGAGGCCAGUCCUGUUGCACCAUACUCCCGUAAGCAGGCCCAAUAUCAGUGGGACAGUCAUAUAAGGGAGAUUUUAAACUUUUCAUGGUGGUUUUUAAUUACGUAAAGUAAAUAAGGUUUAUUAAAUAAGUCUUUUAAAUAAUCUUAUUCGGGACCUGAUUCAGUGUCCUUCAACAUCAGUGAAAAUAUCUUUAUUGACUGCAGUGGGCAUUGGGCUGGGACUAAUGCAUCUUUUAGCCAUACAUGAAUGUCUCUUCGCUUUGGGAUGCUCAAGCACAUGUUUACAGAGCCUUAAGCUAAACUGGAACUUUACAGCAGAGUCUCUUGUUGAUCAAAUUUGAUGAGACUGCGUGUUUUAAACUAGUGAGAUUGAGAUAGAGAAUAACUCAGGACCAUUCUCUAGUUAAGCCUGUAUGGAAAAGAGGGAAAACUCUGAGGACCUUUUCUUUACUUCUGUCCCCCAGAAAAACCUUGACACUUCCUUUUGAUCUUGCUCAACAUCCAGGUAUGCUGGCACCAGCAAAAGCAAUGUUUCCUUUCAGCUAGAAAAAUAUAUAGUAGAAAGGCAAAUAUUUACUAUGAGUUCUUCAGGUGCUGUAAUGCUUUGCUUUCCCUAUACGAGUUGGAGAGUAAAAUAUGGGAGUUCAGUUGCAAAGCAAGUAUUUUGCCUUUUUUGUAAAUUGGAGUUGUUUGGUUCUAGAUGGAAUUCUGGGAUCUUUUCAGUCUCACUUUAGGCAUCCCAUUGCUCCAGACAUCUUAACUAGAAAAUUUAAAUAAAAAAACCUUUGAAAAUAUAGGGAGUAGCAGCAGAAUAUAAGGGAAUUUUAAUAGCUGAAUGGUCUGUUUCCCCCCCCCCAUGUUAAAUGAAUUUGGAUUUUAGCAGGUGGCCUCAUUCUUGGAGUGGACUAGCAAACUGAUCGUCCAAACCUGCAGAGUUGUGACUGGAAAAAUGUGCACGAACUUUAGCUUUUACCACUAAGGUUCAUUAACUAAACUCUCAGGAAUUAACUACAUAUGUUCUAUAAGUGCUUCUGGGUCUUAGCAGGUCCCCUUCAGACCAGUACCAUGAGCAUACGACUCUUGACCAUAAGGUAUGGGCUUAGAAGAAAUUAAUCAGAAAUGAUUAGCUUCUGUGGUCUCUCAGCCUAAGGAACACUUUAAGGAUAUCAACCCACAGAGCCCCAGGAGACCAUUUUUGGUAUAUUAUCGUUUGAACUUUUCAAAAGAAAUGCAUAGAAAGUUGAAAACCAGCAAUUUGAUUAUUUUCUAAAAUGUGGCUCUAACUUUGGGUACAUAGCAUUGGUAAUAUGCACAGGUUUACCUCAUUCUAUGCAAGAGGGGUUAAUGAUGUAAAGUUUUGUAUUUACUACUGGAAGUAAAAUUUGUCCUGUAUAGUGUAGAAAUGUCUCAAAUUAUUUUCUUCUUCCCUCCCCCAGGCAAAUUUUUGUAAUGCUUGACCCCUUUUUGACCACUGUUUCUUCUCUCAAAGUUUGUUAUCGGGCAUCAACUAUCUGUGAACACAGGGGGCAAAGACAUUUUAGCUCUCUAAAAUACCUACAUUUAAAAUCUAGACUCUGUCAAGGUUGACUGGCCUCUCUGUGCCCCCUCCCCCAGACAUUUGCUCCCCCCACCCCCAAAAAUCUGAACCUUCCAAAGCAAGGGCUGCAAUAUAGGCUAUAGAUAGAUUUAACUUAAAGCCAUUCCAAAAGGGAUGGGAAGCUUGCUGCUUGGGAGCAACUAGUAUACGUGGUCUUAAUCCACAGUAAUGCUAAACCUGUUUUGUUCAAACCUGUUCCAAGUUUGAGCAGUUUAGUCCACUUAAAUGGUGCAAGUGUGGACAGAAAUAACUGUUAUAGCAACAGUUUGUACUGGUGUCAUUCAGAGUAUAUCUGUUACAUCUAUCCAUGCCCAUAGUUGACGAUCUAAGCUUAGGAAAGGGGGAAGAAGCAAGCCCAGGAUUCUGGAUUUCCAAGUCAGUGUAAUAUGGGUAGUUCAGUGUGUUUCAAGUGUGCUUAUGCUUUCCCUGUGACAUCACAAAGUCCAGUUCUGCCAGCUUUCAUACAGAUCGAGUAGUGCACCUACUUCAGUGGAACUAGUUGCCUGUUUUAUAGAAAUGCUCAGCAUCAUUAAGGCUGAAAGAAUCAGUCCUGCAGAGCACGGUAGAUGUAUGUAUCUGGCUUCAUAAGGCCCCUUCGUAUAUAAAGUAGUACUUACUGACAAACGUAGCUCCGCUGAUUUUCGGGGAAACACUAUUGCAUUAAUGUUCUUUACUGUGAAAAGGAGUGGGCCUGUAGCGAGCAAGUAAAUACCAUGACAGCAAGAAAUCCAGAGUCCUGGGCCUACCUCGAGAACGUGGAUUCUUAAGGAUACUUAUUAGUAACCCUACUGUGACUGGAGUCAGAUUGCAGGUUUUGGGAGGAAUAUUUAUCUUUUAGUAAAAUGCAUCUCUGGGGCAGAGGACAAGGUGCACAUGCCAUGUCCGCGGUCUGUCGACAUGUACAGUGUUCUGUAACCCUGGGUAUUUGAAAACUAAACACUAUUGCCUAUGAGCUGAAUUCCACCAACAGAUACAUGGGAGUGACUUUCGUGGGAACUGUAGGUGGGUAUUUGAGGGUGGAAAUUCACUCGAUUCUGAAUCCAAAGUAUACCUAAAUCCUUCACCUGUCAAGUACAGUGAAACCUGUCCUACGCAAACUGCAUGAGAAGCCAGCUAAAAUUGCUUGGGGAGGUUUAUUUCAGUAAAACCCUGAGCAAAAUUGUAUUAGUUAUCUUGGAGGAGGGUCUUUAAAGUGGUCUCUUAAAACAGUGGGUUACCUGUUAGCCCUGGUAUCCUUAGUAUAGGCUUCACUGUAUUUGCAUUAGCCUUAAUGGACAUGGUUCUAAGCAUUUUCUUCCUUCGUUUUACUCUGAACCAUGGUACUUGGCUAAAAGGGUGAGAUAUGUUUGGUCUUAAAUCUCUGCUGGCAACCAGUCAUUGCUGUAUUUGGCAUAGCAGGUUUUUAUAACCAAGGGGCGGUGCAAGCCAUGUAACUGGCUUUGAAACUGCCCCUUCUUUUAUGGCCCAAAAUUUUACUGCUGACUUUGAUCUUAUAUUAUUUUAAAUGCAACUCUUUAACCUUUUCUUUGCUCUGUCCGAGGAAAGCUAGAGCAAUUAUCAACUUCUUGUUCUACGGAUACUAACACGGGUUUCAGUGUUUGUUUGUUUUUAUUAUUAUUAUUGUUUUAUGUGAUGUGAAUACCCUCUCCCAUCAAUAUUUGUACUAUGGUGCUAAUAUAUUUGGUAACAAUCCUUUAUUGGGAAGGGAUUAAAAAACUGUGAUUUAAAAUGAAUUUUUCUUCCUUUUAAUUUUCAUAUUUAAAAAAAAAAAAGCCACAGCCAUUUAUACAAAAAAGAGCAUCAGCUUUUGCCCCUGGGAAAAUAUAUUGGGGCGGGAAUCAAGAUAAAAGAAUAGGGUUUUUACAUCAUUUCUGUAUGUAUUUGAUAUAUAGAUCAAUAUCUGUACAAAUUUAAUCUUUUAUUUUCUUGGUAAUUUGUGUGGUCAAUGAGAGAGAGUAUUUAAAACUUUCUCAUGAAAUGUACAUAACUAAGUGAAAAAUGCUUUUGGAGAAAUUAAUGUUACUUUCAUUUUUACCAGACUGCAGAUUUUCAGCAUGGAUGUGAAAAGCAUUAAAAUUAUAACUUUGUGUACAAGAUGAAAAUAAUUCACUAAAUUUGCCUUUUUUUACACAAAAUAAAAAUGUUAAAGUAA